UUCCCAGAGACCCCAGGCGGCGGCGGCGGGGCCCGGGAGGGGCGGAGGCUGGGGCAGACGCCUCGCCGCCGCUGCCUCGGCGAAUAGCAGUGCGCUGUCCGCCCGGAUUGGAGCAGCAGCAUCACGCUGACCUCUGCCUGGGAUGUAAACCGGAGCGGCCGCAGCCGGCAGAGGAAGGCUCUCGGCUCCUACGGGAAAGCCACCUCCAGCACCGGGAUCCAAGCGGUGCGCAGGGAGCCGCGUCAGCCUCGACCUGGGCAGCGCCCAGCGGAGGCUGCAGGAAGCGGAGGGAGCCCGGCGCGGGCGGGGACCGUGCGUCCGUUCGCACAGGCAGCGGGAGGAGGGGCGGCGCGAACCAUGGCCGGGGACAGCGAGCAGACCCUACAGAACCACCAGCAGCCCAACGGCGGCGAGCCCUUCCUGAUCGGCGUUAGCGGGGGCACGGCCAGCGGCAAGUCUUCCGUUUGUGCUAAGAUUGUGCAGCUCCUGGGACAGAAUGAGGUGGACUAUCGCCAGAAGCAGGUGGUCAUCCUGAGCCAGGAUAGCUUCUACCGUGUCCUCACUUCAGAGCAGAAGAGCAAAGCCUUGAAGGGCCAGUUCAAUUUUGAUCACCCGGAUGCCUUUGACAAUGAACUCAUCUUCAAGACACUCAAAGAAAUCACCGAAGGGAAAACAGUCCAGAUUCCUGUGUAUGACUUUGUCUCCCAUUCCCGGAAGGAGGAGACGGUUACCGUCUACCCUGCGGACGUGGUGCUCUUCGAAGGGAUCCUGGCCUUCUACUCCCAGGAAGUGCGAGACCUGUUCCAGAUGAAGCUUUUCGUAGACACAGAUGCAGACACCCGGCUCUCCCGCAGAGUAUUAAGGGACAUCAGCGAAAGAGGGAGGGACCUUGAGCAGAUUUUAUCUCAGUACAUUACAUUCGUCAAGCCUGCCUUUGAGGAAUUCUGCUUGCCAACAAAGAAAUAUGCUGAUGUUAUCAUUCCUAGAGGUGCAGAUAAUCUAGUGGCCAUCAACCUCAUCGUGCAGCACAUCCAGGACAUCCUGAACGGAGGGAUCUCCAAACGGCAGACCAACGGCUAUCUCAAUGGCUAUACCCCUUCACGCAAGAGGCAGGCCUCGGAGUCCAGCAGCCGGCCGCACUGACCCCCAUCUCCUCAGCCCCUGGCCCCGAUCUCCAAGGGACAGGAGGAGGGGGCAGGAGGCACUGUGCAUCUAUACAUAUGGUUUCCUAUGACAUUGCUGUAUUUAAGAAAACACCAUGGAGAUGAAAUGCCUUUUGUUUUUUGUUUUUUUUUUUUUGGUACUUCGGAGCAGCGAAAUGAAACAGAACUUGACCCUGAGCUUAAAUGACAAACUGUGCCAACUACUACUGGUGAUGCCUAAUUAUGACUUCAACGUGUAACCAGUUAUAAAUACAUAUAUAUAUAUAUAGAAAA